AAUCCAUUAGAUUUUUUUUGGUUUGUUAGGUUUGAAUGCAUAUUUACUAUCAAAUGAAAUCACACAUGAUUUUUACAUAGUACAUCCUGUUGUAUAGUAGUAUUUAAGAUCAUUUAACACUACUCUAAUUUCCUUCUGAUUUUAGUGUGAAUUACUUUAGAACUAAGCUCAAACCUUUAUACUUUAGCUAAGAAAAAAUGUUCAUAUUCGUGCCCAAUCCCACAGUCCGGAUACAAAGUCGGGUUUGAAUCGGUUGACCCACUAACCCGCGUACAUAAUUUGCCGUUACCGCCGUCUAACCGCCGUUAAUCUCCAAGCCCAGCAACCGGCACGACGAGCUACUUAUUUGCAUCGUCACUCGCCCGUUGACGGAACCCCGGCGCCGCCGCCUUCAAUCGGCAACAUCGCCACCACUUCUGAGGUUGAUUUUGAGGGAAAAAGGUUUUAAUGGGCCUAACAUCUGAGAGUGAUGCGAAGGAAGGAAUGAAAUUAUGUAUGUUUGAUUUGAGGAGGGGCCAAACGGAAGGGCAGGAGUUGGACAAGAUUCUCUUCUUCUAUCCUGCCGAUUUGCCCCUUACGACUCAGCUGUCGGUUAUUGGCCUCAGCGAAGGAUUGAUUACUUUUACCAGAAUUUUCUCUCCAGAUGCUCCUUGUGAGGUGAUUGAAGCUGAGAAGCAUUGUCAUGUUUUUUAUGAAGCAGAGCCAGAUAUAUGGAUGGUGCUGGUAGUAGGAAAAGAGAAUUCAGAAGCCAUUUGGCGUGUUGAUUCUCUACGGAAUGUUCUUAAAGAAGUCCAUUCCCUUUUUAUGAUGUUUCAUGGAUAUAUUAGGGCACUGGUUGAUAAAGAACCGAGUGGAGGACUUGUUAGAAGCCAUUUGUACUAUUUCAUUAUGGACUUUUUAAGUGAUUUUUCCAUCGGGAAGAAGCUUCAGUUGCCGAAUUUUCGUGACUCUCUCAAAGAGCAAGGAACGUUGCAGAUGUUAACUGUGGGGCGUGAGGCUGCUAUAGAAGUUCAGUCUCUCGUGACAGUAUUGGAAUCUUGUGUGGGGAACACACAAUGCUACUCAAUGACCAUGUUCCAGGAUCUACUUGUCUCCACAAAUCUAUCACCUAUUGACACUCUGAACCUAUUUACUUAUGCUGUCCUAAGGCUAACUCCUCUUGCUCUAUUCCAUGGAGCAAGUUCAUGGUCCUCUUCACGUAAAACAGACACUGCAUGCAAUACUUAUGCUGGAGCUUUACUAGUUACUUCUGUCUCUGCCAUGGAUCAGUAUUACAAUUCCCAUGAUACAUCCCCUCUUAGAAGGCACAGUUAUCCUCUAGUGAGGCCUUUGCAGCAUUCCAAGUGGUCCAAGGGGAAGGACGGUUUUCUUACCACUGAUAUUUGGGGUACAGAAGUUAAUAGUUUAGUGCCUUUAUGCCCAACAAUUUGGCUUCAUCAAACAGAGGAGAAAAUGUUUCUAUUAGCUUAUCAGCAUAGAGGCCUCACUGUUAUACUUCUGGUUCCAGUCUCAUCUGUCAGUGGAGAUCAAGGAAUUGCUGUGCUGAAGCAGCAAAUUAUCGAAAAUGCAUCACUAAAGAUGCUUAAAGUUGAAGAGAAGCUAUCAAGAGGAUGGGGUGGUGAGAAUGCAUAUCAUGUGAGUGGCUAUCGUUAUCUGUUGGUGGAUGGUGAUAGAUAUGUAUCUAGGGCGUCUCCGCCUGGAAAAGUAACAACUUUGACAAAGGAAUCCUUAGUUGCCCUGAGUAAGCUCCGAGAAGAGGUCGACUCAGAGAAAGCUAGAGCUAAAUGGGACAACUCAGGUCAUGAAAAGGAUAUAGAAAUAUGCAUUAGAGCCAAAAACAAUUCUUGGCUCAUCGCGCGGCUUGUUAGAGGAAAGGAGCUUUAUAUGGUUCUAGAGAAAGGCAGUGAAACCCUUCUGUAUGCCGCUGAUGCUGCUGAGAAGUUCAGUGAAAGGUAUUGCAAUGGUGCGUUUUCCUUGGACUAGACAACAAUUGGACUGCCACAUUCUGUAGAUGAUUGUUUCAUGCAUGUAUCAAAAAAGAGAAGUAGGCUUUAAGAGAUCGAAUUAUGUGUAGUUUAUUCAUACGUAGAAAAUCUAAUGUUUGUAUGAAUUGUGUGUGUGUGUGAUUUCUUUUUUUCCACCCAUUUUCAACAGUUUUUUGGGAUCUCUUAACGUAGAGGGUUGUAACAUGGGAUCGUUCAUUUGUAAUGUGACAAAUCAGAAAAUAAAAUUUUACUUAAUUUAUGUGGAAGACCCUAUAUUUGUUUC